ACUAUUCGUGCGUGGGAAUAUCACACCAACUCAUACACUGCGCCCGCUCUCUCGCCAGACGCAAUCCCCCCGCCCCGCGGAUCGCUGCCGUCUCGAACCGCCGGCCCAAAAAAUCCAAAAAAGAGAAAGAGGAAAAAAAGCAGCAGCAGACGGAUGGGGCUGGAGAGCAACGGCGUGGUGUCGGCGGCGGGCGAGCAGGGCGGCGGGGCGGCGGGGGCCCUGAAGUUCCUGAUCUACGGGCGGACGGGGUGGAUCGGGGGGCUGCUGGGGCGGCUGUGCGGCGAGCGCGGCAUCGCGUUCGCGUACGGCGCCGGCCGGCUGGAGAGCCGCGCGCAGCUGGAGGCCGACCUCGACGCCUGCCGCCCCACCCACGUCUUCAACGCGGCCGGCGUCACCGGCCGGCCCAACGUCGACUGGUGCGAGCGCCACCGCGUCGAGACCGUCCGCGCCAACGUCGCCGGCACCCUCACCCUCGCCGACGUCUGCCGCGACCGCCGCCUCCUCCUCGUCAACUUCGCCACCGGCUGCAUCUUCGAGUACGACGACCUCCACCCCCUCGGCUCCGGCCUCGGCUUCACGGAGGACGACGCCCCCAACUUCCUCGGCUCCUUCUACUCCAAGACCAAAGCCAUGGUCGAAGAGCUUCUCAAAAACUACGAGAAUGUCUGUACUCUUCGCGUCCGGAUGCCAAUUUCAUCCGAUCUAUCAAACCCACGCAAUUUCAUCACCAAAAUCACCCGGUAUGAAAAGGUCGUCAACAUUCCAAACUCCAUGACCAUCUUAGACGAACUCCUCCCCAUCUCGAUCGAAAUGGCGAAGCGAAACCUCACCGGGAUCUGGAACUUCACUAACCCCGGCGUGGUCAGCCACAAUGAGAUCUUAGAGAUGUACAGGGACUACAUAGACCCAACCUUCACCUGGAAGAACUUCACUUUAGAGGAGCAGGCAAAGGUGAUAGUCGCUCCUAGGAGCAACAAUGAGCUUGAUGUCACCAAAUUGAAGGAAGAGUUCCCGGAACUCCUUCCGAUUAAGGAGUCGCUCGUUAAAUACGUCUUUAAGCCAAAUCAGAAAACAUCCAAGGCUUGAGGACUAUUGGAGACACUCUCUUCCUUUUAGUUAUUUUUAUUUCAAUUUGUUGUGGAGUAGUGUAUUAUUCAUUAAUAAACAUGAAAUGGUGGUUCAUCUCUGGUAAUAGCCUUUGACUUCUUACGUGUAACAGUAUGGAAAGGCAAAAAAAGAUUUAAUGCUGGAAAUUGACACUUUCUGUUUAGUUGUUCUGUCAAUUAAGUUGGGCGAUCUCAGAGUAAUUCCGAUGAUGUGUAAUGUUUUCUUUGUUGUACUAUAACUAGAGUUGGUGUUACUUCUGAAACUAUUUUUAUCAGCUUUUACUUCUUUCA